AGCACAAAAAGCACCUAGAGAAAAAGCAUCCUAUAUUCCCAGUUAUACAGGAAAGCUACAAACACAGAGGGGGAAAAGAUAAUGUGGAUACCGGCAACUUUGAUAUCAGUGCUGGCCUGUCUUCUGAUUGUGCACUUUCUGAAACAACUCUGCUCACACAAGAACUAUCCUCCAGGGCCUCUUCGGCUUCCUCUCAUUGGAAACGUUUGGCGGAUAAUACCGAACUUUUCUCAGGAUACUUUCAUUAAGCUGGCAAAGGAGCACGGAAACAUUUACACCAUUUGGGCAGGGCCUAUGACUGUGGUGGUAUUUUCUGGAUUUGAAGCAGUGAAAGAAAGUAUGGUCAAACAUUCAGAAUAUUUUGAUGAUCGACCAAUGACUCCUUUUAAUAAAUAUUUAGGAAAAGAAAUGGGUAUUGGACUUUCAAACGGUCACACCUGGAAACAACAGAGGAAGUUUGGGCUGGUUACUCUGCGGAAGCUGGGACUGGGGAAGAAAGGCAUAGAGCACAAAAUAGAAGAGGAGGCCCAUCAGCUUGUUGAGAUUUUUGCACGUGCCAAGGGGCAGCCUCUCGACCCUUCAUUACCCAUCAUUAAUUCUGUCACCAAUGUGAUCUGUUCUCUGACUUUUGGUCAACGAUUUUCUCUCGAAGACGAAGAAUUCAUCAAGAUGAGAGAUGGCUUACAGAAUAUCGUUCAAUUUACUGUGACCUUCUUUCAUUUCCUGUAUGAGACACUUCCCUGGCUCAUGAAACAUCUCCCAGGGCCUCACAAGAAGGCAUUUGCCUCCCUUGACUUUAUAAAUUCCUUUGCAAGGAAGGAGAUAGAAAAGCAUAAGGUGCAUCAGUCAUUGCAUGAGCCGCAGGAUUUCAUCGAUUACUACCUACUGCAGAUCGAGAAAAGCAAGAAAGAUCCCAACUCCACCUACAAUGAAGAGAACCUGUCCCAGUGCAUUUGUGACUUAUUUGUUGCAGGAACAGAAACAGCCACCAAUACACUUCUCUGGGCACUAGUCCUCAUGGCGAAUCAUCCAGAUAUCCAAGAAAAAGUCCAGAAGGAGAUAGAUGACGUUUUGGGUUCCUCUCAGUCAUUCUCCUACCAAGAUAGGAAGAAACUGCCCUAUACCAGUGCUGUGAUUCAUGAGAUCCAGCGUUUCAAAUACAUCUUAUUGUUUGGGAUCCCCCGCCAAUGUGCAAAGGAUGUGAACAUUAUGGGGUUUCUCAUCCCUAAGGGGACAAUAGUUAUUCCAGAUUUACGCUCUGUUCUUUUUGAUUCGAAGCUUUGGGAGACCCCUCGGGAAUUCAAUCCAAAUAAUUUUUUGGACAAGGAGGGCAAGUUUGUGGAGAAAGAAGAAUUCCUUCCAUUUGGAGCAGGGGGCCGCAUAUGUCUUGGGGAGCAGCUGGCAAAGAUGGAGGUCUUCAUCUUCUUCCUCAGCCUGCUGAGGUCAUUCACCUUUAAGCCACCACAGGGAGUGAAAAAAAUCAACGAAGACCCUGUAUUACGAAUAGUUACCUCUCCCCAUAAUUAUAAGGUCUAUGUUGUUCCCCGCAGCAGCAGAUCAUAAGCCACAAACAUAUUAAGAGAAGUUUAUUUGUUAUUAUCCAUUUCAUCCUGUUUCACUGAAAGGUCAUCUACCAUUCUGCUUCAGGUAGUCAUGUUGGUCUGCAGUAGAACAUUGGGAUUUUGGUCCAGUGGUAUCUUAGAGACCAACACAUUUUUCAGAGUGGAAGCUUCCUUCUUCAGAUACUUGGAACCCUAGCAUUCUGCUGAUCUUUGGUGAAGAAAGUAAAACACGAGCUCUCCAAGUAAGCAAUUCUUGCCAAUGUUAUCUCAAUAUAAUGUAAACAGUGAACAAUAGUACAACAUUGCGAUAUAUACAAAAACAAUAAUUUAGAAUUCCAAUGUGUAAUCUAACACAUAAACCAAUAUAUUCAAUUCAAUGUGGUUCUAGUCUGUUUUACAUGAACCGAUAGUUCUGGUCUAAACACAACACAUAACCAAUAUACUCAAUUCAAUAUAGUUCUGGUCUGUUUUACAUAAACCAAUAGUUCUGGACUGUUUUCUAUAAUAACUGGGUAGAUAAUUCCCAAAGGUGCUGGGUAGCAAAUUACAGUAUCUUCCAGCUUUCUCCAUGCCUCAGAGAUAAAUAUGGUCCCGUCAUAGUUUGUAAAUUCCAAAGGUGCUGGGUGACAGAUAAUAGUGUUCCUCCAGCUUUUAGUUGCUGAUCUUUGGUGAAGACCAUUCAUGCUAUCCUUGAGUUUCUUCAUUUGAUGAGAGCUAUUCAGAGAAGAAAUUCAGACUGAUCUACAUUGUUGUUCAUUGUUUGCUUAUCAUCACCUACUGUAUGCAUUAUAGUUUGCCGAUUCUGCUGAAAAACUCAGUACAGGAUGCUUGCCAUAUACAAAACUAAAUGUUGCUUAUUGUAUCUAUGCACCUUUCACUGAAUAAAGUCUUGUAUAACCUUUA